GCCUGCAAGUGUUAUCAGUGCACUUGUUUGUGUCCUAUUUUACAGGGAGGAGUUAAGAGUGUUAAAAACUCUGGCUAAAGACAAAUGAGCUAAACUGACUAGGAGCUUCUACGGACUCCGAUUAAAGAGCUGUGCCAGCCCACUGUGAAAUGCUUCAGAGGCAGGUGCAUUUGGCCUGAACUCUCCAUUGGUGCACAUCAGGAUCCUGAAUAUAUCUGGUCAUUGGGGUGAUUUGCCCAAAGUAUAGCAUGACCUGCACCCUUAUGGGCGAAGCUGUCCAAGGUAUCACCAUGUGCUUCCUGCUCCUGCUGUUCCCUUCACCCUCUGUAGGCAGCCUGAAAGAGAGAGCAUUGCGCCUUAUGGCUGAGGAACGUGUAAUCGAUGGACACAAUGACCUUCCUCUACAGCUGAGAAAACAGUUUGGUAAUAUGCUCAGCAAAAUUGACCUACGCAGCCUCCCCAGCACUCUUACUGACAUAACACGAAUGGACCAGGGUUAUCUGGGUACACAGAUCUGGUCAGCCUACACCCUCUGCUCUACUCAGAAUAAGGAUGCCGUGAGACUCACCCUGGAACAGAUUGAUGUCAUCAAAAGGAUGUGCAGCCAAUAUGAUGAGCUGGAGCUGGUCACCUCCUCUGAAGGCAUUGAAAGAACCAAAAAAAUCAGCUGUCUGAUUGCUAUAGAGGGAGGCCAUGCCAUCGACAGCAGCCUGGGGACUCUGCGAAUGUUUUACGACCUUGGUGUACGAGCCAUGGCUCUGACACACACGUGCAACACUCCUUGGGCAGAAUCAUCUUCCCGUCUACAUUCAAGUUUUUAUAAUAAAACCAAAGGUCUGAAACCAUUUGGAGAGCAUGUUAUCAGAGAGAUGAAUCGCCUUGGAAUGAUUGUGGACCUGUCACAUACUUCCACUUUCACAGCAAAACAUGUUCUGUCUAUUACAAAGGCUCCAGUAAUCUUCAGCCACUCUUCUGCCUCAAGUGUAUGUAACCAUCCACGAAAUGUACCAGAUGACAUCCUGCAAUUGCUGAAACAGAACAAGGGACUGAUAAUGGUGAAUCUUCACAGUGGCUUUAUCAGCUGCAGCUCUGAAAGAGGAAAUGUGUCGAGUGUGGCAGAUCAUUUUGAUCACAUAAAGAAGAUUGCUGGUGCAGAAUCAAUUGGAAUAGGUGGUGAUUAUGAUGGUGCUGAUAGGUUUCCUGAAGGACUAGAAGAUGUUUCAAAAUAUCCUGCCCUAAUAGAAGAGCUUUUGCAAAGGGGCUGGAAUGAAACGGAGCUUGCUGGAGUCUUGAGGCGCAACUUUCUAAGAGUUUUCAGAGAUGUAGAGAUGGUAAGCAACAGAAGCCAUCACCUGCCUGAUGAGAAAGAAAUUGCUCAUGCAGAGGUUAAAAACCCUUGCAGAUCAGUUUUGAAGGACCCGCAUGAUAAAGUGAAGACCAUUCUGAACUCUCAAGCCACAAACACACCAACAGCUUUCUUCGGUUUUUAUCUACUACUCACCACAAUUUUUAUAAUCUUGCUUUCAAAAUAAAAAAAAAAAAUAAAUAAAAAUUAUGUUUAUAGGAAAAAAAAAACAAAAAAAAAAACUUUUUUGAUAUACUUUAUUAAUCCUAGAGGGGUAUUUUUUCUUUUUAUGUAUAUAAUGUUUUUUAAGUAAAUAUAUGUUUUUAAAAAUGUACCAUUAAAACACAUCACUGAUGUUUAAAAAAACCUAUUUGCCAUUCUGUUGCAGUCUUUCAUCAGGUAACCUCUUUUAUAUUCACCAAACCAUGUUCAGUUGAAAGCAUUUGUCAAUAUUAUUAGUUAUAUGUACAUGUGUUCAGUAUUGAUAAUUUCUAGUACCAUUGAAUUGGAGGAUAAAAGUUGAAUUUAUAAGGAAAUAUAAACAGGAACCACAGGGAACACCCAGAUAAAAUUAAAAAAUGAAAAGAAAGACAGCCAUGAAAUGAUUUGAUUUUGGUAGCAAUGGUUAUUUUUGAGUGAACACAAUGCAAUAACAUGAUGGGACUAUAUUGUUGUUAAAUUUUUUUUUGGUGAUAAUCACCUACUGCAUAUCUUUAUUUUAUUGUAAUUUCUUUUUUUUAAUGUUUUUUAAUUUCACAUGUGCAAUAAAAAUAAACAUCUAGUUUUGCUUUAAA